AUGAGUAGUUUAAGAGCUAAACGUCGACCGGGAAAUGUGAAAACACUAGCGACACAGUAUCGCCUGUCCAUCGCUCCCAAACGGGUUUCCACGAAGAAGGUCGACAGGACCGGAAACAAAGAGUCCACAUCAUUGGACAACAAACAAGCCGAAGAUGACGCAGCAUCGGAAACACCCGAGAGGAAACGAAGCAUACGUCGAAUUCGACUUUCCGAAGUGGCUGAUGCUGAGGACUUCAACUUCGAAGACAUAAGUAGAAGCGUUUUGGACUACCCUAUUUCCACACAAACAUUCUUAAGCUCUAGUGGUGUCGUUAAACAAAACAAACGUUUUUUUCCUUCUGCAGAUUCGGAUGACGAUACAGACAGCCCUGGUGCGAACACAGACUACUCUCAAAAGGCGUAUGUUUGCGCGUGCAAACAUCUGCAAGUGACUGUGAAUAAGAACUUUCACAGGAGUCUGAUAACAAACAAAGUGACCUUUCUUAACCAGCGGCUCUCUCGCAACGACACCAAGGCGUCUGCCAUCGCGUUAUUGAGAAACGCCAAAGUGGAAAGUCUGACGCUCGAUGCCAACGACCUAGGGAAUACCGAAGGAGUCACGGUGAUAGCAGACAUACUACCACAGAAACCAGAGAUCACAGAAUUGAACAUAACAAACAAUGCAAUUGGAUCUGUGGGCGCCAGGGAACUAUGUCGUGUAUUAAUGGAUAAUGUUUACAUCAGAAAACUCAACCUAACAGGAAACGGCUUUAUAGACGAUGACGCAAUUUACUUCCGAGACCUUAUGGAGGAAAACCACGGCUUACGUCACUUGAACCUAAGCAACAACGACUUCAGAGAAAGGGGAGGAGAGCUGCUGGCCGAAGGGAUAUCGAAAAAUGACUUUUUGCAGUCCUUGGAUCUCAGCUGGAACCAUCUGCGUCUUAGUGGGGCUGUGGCGAUAGGGAAAAGCAUGCAGGAGAACCAGUUCCUGGAGAGACUGAAUCUCGGCUGGAACGGGUUCCACGUGCGAGGCUGCGCGGCCCUGGGGGAGGCGCUCAAGACCAACUGCAGCCUGACGUAUCUGGACCUGACGUGCAACAGAGUCACCGAGAUGAGCCUGUCCCAGCUCCUGAAGGGGCUCAUAGAGAACACCACACUCAGAGUACUCAAGUUACCACUAAACCCUUUGUAUCCUUCUGGAGCCUUGACUCUUCUCAAAGUGAUGGACAAAUAUGACAAAAUUGCCGUCAAUGAGGUGGACCUUGGAACACAAACAGUGACGCGCGAAUUUGAAUCACUUCUAUCAUCCCUGCGAGAAAAACGUGCGCUGGACAUCGUGUACGGACAUGUUCUUCGAGACAUGAUGUCCAUGUCGGCCGUACAGGACGAAUUAGAUUUGGACGGAGAGAAGACCAUCGAUGACCUCAUGUCGGAGAACCCCAUUCUUGUCCUCAUGGAGUAUGCGCGGCAGCAGAACUUCCGGGUCAUCGACAUAUUCAAGACCAUGGAUGUUGAUCAGAGUGGAAGUCUUACAAAAGAAGAAUUCAAAGUGGGUCUGCAGAAAGUGGACAUCACUCUUCCCGGUGCAGCUCUUGGUCGACUGAUCGAUGGUCUGGAUACAGACAAGAGUGGAUCUGUAGAUUUUAGUGAGUUAUUAGCUGGCUACCAAACCUACAAAGCUGUGGUGAGAGAAGCGGCCAACUCGAAUUCCACUGAAUCCUCGGAAAUUGGACAGAUCGGCGAGAAGAUUCGUCAAGUUAUGAAGAAGAAAUUCAUCAUGAGACAUUUUUAA